UGGUUGUGAUCCAUGUUUAAGUUGUUUGAUAAUUUCAGUAUUAGACAACAGUAAAAACAUAAAGUUACUGUGCAAAAUUAUGAGUAGCUCUCGUAUAUCCUUUUACCAUUUGCUACUUAACUUCACACAUUUUUCUUUCUUCUCUUCACUUUUGUGCAGUCCUUAUUUCUUCAACCUUUCGAUGGACAUGGAUAUCAAUCUCUUCAAAUCUCAAUCCAUCUGCUGAUAUUUUAUGAUCCGGGUCUUAAUAUUCUCAGUUUUCAAAACUUUUUAUCUCUCAAAAAAAUCAAGUCUUCACUUCUUUAUUUCCAUUAACUUUUUAAAUCGUUAAUGCAUAUGUAAAACCCAUCUUUUUGUUGGGAUUUUCAUUAGUUUCUUGAUUGAUUCAAUCAGACAUUUUUCCAUCAGAAAAGCAAACAGCAGUCAGCUUCAUUUGAAAGGGAUAAAGGUCUGGGUUUCCUGUUGUUGUUUCUGUGUUUUGCCAUUCUGAUUGAUUUAUUUGUUCUUUGAAUAGCUGACUUAAAAUAAUGGGAAGAAUAAGAGGAAAAGGGAAGAAACAGUCUAUAGUUGCCGCUGGAGACGAUGCUGUAACUGGAGAGGAUGAGAAGAUACCGAUAAGGAGAAGAGGAAGGCCACAGAAACCAUUGAAGGAUGAAAUUGAGGAGGGAGAAAAAUCUGAGAAGAUAGAAGAAGAAAAUGAUGAAGAUGAUAAUAACACAUUGAGUUCUGUACUGAUUAAAAGUUCAAAAAAUCAACCUGCCAAAGAGAACGGCAGGAAGAGAAAGAGGCCUUCACUGAUCAAGGACCAUGCUGAUUCGGUGAAAGAGGAAAAUGAUGUGGGGACUAAUGCUAACACUACUGACUUGGUCAAGUCCGUUGGGUUUAGGCAAAAUGGAAGCAGGAGGAAAAAUAAGCCUAGACGUGCUGCUGAAGUUGGGGUCGAGUGCAAAUGAAUUUUGUCUUGUAGAUUGAGGAUUGCAGCUUUGUCAGCUGAUAUGGGGCUUUCUGUAUUUCUUUUGUCUUAAGUUUGUAUUUUUGAUAAUGACUUUCAAGAAAUUCUUAUAUAUUAAUGUCUUUUGCUGGU